AUGUCUCGAUUUGCAGUGGAAAAGCAUUACGGCGAGUGGAUGCUAUCGCGUUGGUAUGACAACAUCCCUGGUCCAGACCGACUGGUUGAAAUUUCCACUUCUUUAAGUGAGCAAGAAGCUUUUGAUCUGGUAAACGCAUGGUCUAAGAAGCUUUUGACUCCUGGGCUCGACCCAGAGAGACUCAACAACAUCACUGAAUCAUUGAUUUCAAGCCACUGGAAUCAAGCUUGUAGGAUGGGUUGCCUUGCAGUACAGUUUACGUACAUCAAUGGCUUUUAUCAUCGCUUUGUGUGGAGGGUGGCAUAACUUGAAAAGCGGUUUGGUUUCCAAGACGCUCUCCCGGCCCUAUCUGUUGAUUUUUAUAGAACGCGUUGAUUAACAUUUUUGAUUGGAACGUUGCAUAAGAACGGCUUCGUUUGAAAAACUCAUGAUCAUUUGGCGGACGACCUUUAUGAUGCCAUUUUGUCUUGCGUAGAGAUUAAGGAUUUUGCAAUUACUAUUUGUCUCAAACAUUUUGUUUCUUGAUGAUCGACCUUCCAGAAGACGAUCUCUCUACGUGUAGGCUGUCCCUGGACUAUCAGCAUGCCUAUUUUAUUAUACCAAAGAAAUGAGCAUCGCGGAUUCUUUAGUUUUCUUUACUGAAUCAUUAUCAACUCGAAGGAAUGUGGGAAUGUAAGGUAAAAGCUGCCAAGACAUCAAGCGCACACAACUACGAAGAGAGAACCGGCUUCAGAACCUUUAUCGAAGGUCGCGCACUAACUGUGCCACCUUUGCUCCUAAAUAUUACAUCUUUUUUUUCAUUUAUAAUAUCUUACCUUUACACUGAAACUCGUUUUUCAUUAUUUCAAACCUUUAGUACCACCAUUUGAAAGUUUAAUUGAAGUUGCUUCCCUGAUAAUCAAAACUCACAGUGGCCUCAUCGUUAACACAAUAAGACGUCGAAUAACGUCGUGUUAUUGGCAAAACAGCAAUGUAACUUUGAACGAAUAGACACCUUUUACUUCAUACAUAACAUACAAGUACUGUUUCUCAUUCUAAGCGGCCUUUAGAAACCGGCGUCUCAGGCCUUUAAACUAUCAUGUAAAUGCAUCCCUCGAUUGUGAUUGUUAGUGACGGCGGAAUGUUCUUUAAACAAAUUAAUCUUUGUAUCAAUAUAAAAGCAAAAUAAACAUGGCAUUCAAGAAUACUAAACAAUAAAAGACAAUAUUGCUGACCCAAGCACCGUACGGUAGAACUACCCAGAACUACCAUUUGUUUGUUUGUUUGUUUGUUUUUAUUGCUUGUCUUUCCAGUAAAAAUUGUGAAACGUCCGCGUCCAUGCCUGCUUUAAAAAGGCUUAUGACGUCUUUCUAACCAAACAGCAAGCAUAUCAGAAAUGACCAAAACCAGGAGCCGAUAAGUAAUCGGCUCCUGCCAAAACGCAACAAAUGAAACCAGGUCUGAGACAAUGGAAAGGCGUCAAAAAUUAAUUGGAAAACAAAACUUCACAGUGACUUUCAAUGAUUCGCCCCAUCAUGUAAGACAAUCCGGGUUCCGGAAUCCAGGGAAUCUCCAGAAUCCUGGAAAUUUUUUCUUUUGGAAUCCGAGAAUCCUGAGCUUUGGAAUCCGGAAUUCAGUUCAAGGGAUUCCGAAUCCUGCUAACGAUUGGAAACCGGAAUUGUUAAAGUUCACAAAAUUAAGAAACCAGUUGGAUUGCCUUAUCAUGUGCCACUAUCGUGCUUGUAAAAGUUGUGUCAACAAGUACCAGCUGAAGUGCUAACAGCCCCACUUGCCUAUAUUGUGCCUUUCAUUCCGAGUAGCUGUCAAGACGAACACCUGCAGUCUAAAACGCCAUAGAGUUGUGCACUGCAGCAGUUUAGCUUGUUUUGUUUUGUUUUUUGUUUUCUUGACUCUCCAAGGCGAUUACCUCUCUUAGACGCACGGUCGCGUCAAAGUCAGCUCGCAAGAUGACCGUGAUACAGCUCCUUGCACGAUAGAGAGGAAAUGAAAAUUUGCAAAUUUGCCAGGAAAAAACGAACAUGUAUGGCAUGAAAUGUAUGACUUUCCCGUGCAUUAUUGCAUGAUCUUCCAUCGUUCGAUGAUGCAAAUGGCCGUCUCUGUAAAGAAGGAUCGGUUGAGAUCCAGAAAUUUGGCUACCAUGGUAACGUGACGUCACACUUCUCCACUCUAUCUCGUCCCCAAGGCUUUUCCGUUGGAAAAUGCUCCUUGCACAACUUCAAAACGGUCGCUGCAGUCAAUUUGCAAAAAAAAGAAAGCGACAACAGGUGCGAUUUCUUUCUGUAAAUUUUAUUUGAAACAUUAGUGCAUUCGGUUCUCUCGCACUUCAUAAUAAGUGCUGCCCUUUGUAAUUCCUAUCAGACUUUGCAAUAACGGUCACUCUUCCAGAAAAGAGAUUUUGUUUCGUCGCAAUAAUUGAUUUAUGCUUUGUAAUAAAACUUUCGAAUUUUGUGAAUUAAGUAUAACUGUCACACUUUGUAAUCAGAUAACCCGUUCGUCCUUGGUAAAACAAUAAACUGUCAUGCUUUAGUAAUAAUCGACAAUAAACUUUCAAAAGGGCGGCAACACUUUCCUUACAUCUCUGCGUUACGUGGCAUAUUGAGUAAAGUUUUCUUUUAACAUUUAAGCACGCAGUAACCAGGCGACCAACAAUCUCUUGUUAUGGGCUUUAAUAUGUUCGAGCUACUAAGAUAAGAUUAAAAAGUCAACAGUGUUCGAUCAGCUAUACAGCGAUUUAAUUAAAAAAGAACCGUUCUGUUUGAAGUCUAACAGACAACUAACCAGUCACCGAAAGUUCAUUGAGCCUAAUUGAGGACAGAUUUGAAAGAAACUGACCAAUAAAGAAUAACUUGUCAUACUUGUUCUUGUUUUUCUCAACAUGCGUCACUCUUUCUAAAUUUCUCUUCAUAACUCUAAAGUUCCGAAUAAUAUCACCUUCUUUUGUAGAGAAUCCGCAGAGUAUCGGCAAAAGCUCGACGAGUGACUGAGUCAAAUAAGCCGAUCUAUAUAGUCUCUUGUAUACAGGAAAGCAAAAAACAAAAGCAAAAAUAAGGUAUGUGUUUCUCGACUCACUCUUUGUAAGUGGUCGUGCAUGUGUUUUCGCCAGAUUGAAGCUCGAGAUGUAAAAUUUCAGGGGCACCCAAAGACUGUCUUCUUUACAGUAUCUGUUCGGAGAAGCAGAUAUUGCCUAGAAUUUUCUAUUACUUGACGACGGCUAGAUAAGGCUGUUUCCUUCAUGUACAAUUUUCAAAGCUUAUCUAGUAAAUUCCCCACGAUUGUCGCAUUUUACGUCCAAAGUUAGGCUAUUUUUCAUAAAAAAAAAGGAAACCUAAAAUAUUUUUUGGAUUCAAAAAUGUGAUGGAGAGAGGAAUUAGAAAAUGUCUCCCUUUCGUAAUACUUCAUCUUUCGUAAUAUUUCAUCUAAAAUUUUCGGGAAAAUAAUACUCAAGCCCUUGUAAUUUCGAAAAGGCUCAAGUUCCCCAGGAUGGCCGAACAGAUACAAAUUUAAAUAACGGUAACUCUUAGCUAGAAUGCUUUUCUAGAGAUCUAAAAGUACUCUGGAUAGCCUUACAAGUGUUUUCAAUGUAUUUAGAACGAAACCGUUGUUGGGUGCCCCUGAAAUUUAUUUCAAAAUAAUAAUAAUGAAAAAGAAAUCAGUACUGGAUCUUUGCCUUCCAUAGAUUGCAUGGUCCUAAUUUAUUGCAUUUUGUAUCGUUCACAUAGGCUAUACAACUGCUUUGCGCAUUACACAAACCGAAGUUCUCAUUGAUUCCCAUUUACUUGAAAUUUCCCGGUUUUUGCAAAAAUGAAAUCUCUUCCAGAGAACAGCAUAAUAAACAGGGCGCAAAGAGAAUGUCUCAUUACACGAGGCUUUUAUUUCAAAUGAAUGGUUCGGGGCUUUCUACAUUAAUUUAACAAUAAAAGGCCUGGGGUAUUUGUACUAUCGCAAUUUGUAAUAAUCGUCGCACUUUGUUAUACCUGUCGCAAUUUGUAAUAAACCGUGUCGCACUUCAUGUAAUGAGAAAGCUGUCGCCAUUUGUAAUAACUAUCCAUCUCACUUUGUAAUAAACUAAGCUGUCGCAAUUUGUAAUAAUUCCAUCGCACUUUGUAAUAACUUUUUGAGAGUGAUUCAACUUACUCUGUCAACAUUAAUAUAAUUCCAAAAUAUGAAUGGUACUUCAUAAACAAAGGUGAUGACGUCUGCAAGCACGUAAAUUACAAAUUGCUUAUAUAUAAUUUACAACGUAUCUCCGCUCAUUCACGCCAUUUAACUUUAUUCACGGUCCUAAGUAUUUUUUUUAAAUUAAUGUUGAUUAGUUAUCUGACUUACGAAAUUCUGUAUUUUUAAACCUUGCUAUUGGACUAGAUAAUAAUAAUAAUAAUAUUAAUAUAAAAUAUUAAUAAUAAGAGUCUUUAUUCAUAGUUGGGUAGUCACAACAUACGUGUGGCUUUACAUACAUGACAAUGCAAUCUAUUUAAGAUCAAGUACAAUUAGAUAAAAUUAAAUUUAAAAAAGACACCUAUUAAUAAAAGAUCUCUUAAAGAGUUCUGUUUUAACAUCAGGUAAAAUAAAAUCGUGUCCUCUGUUUCGCAAAAAUCUCUGUUUCUUAGGGGGUAAUAGUUGGUAAAGGGGAUGGGAAGGAGUAUCCGUGAUAGUGUUCCAUAGCUUACAGUCUAGAUUUCUGAUAACUUCAGCUAUUGCAUACACUCCAAGUUGUUGGUGGUGAUCCGAAUCUGAACGCUCGCUUAAAAAACUUGUCAAUGCGAUCAAGGUAUUUACCUUGAUAUGCCGUUCCCCAAAUCUCAAUUCCAUACGAAAACAGGGACAUAAUUAAAACAUCAAAUAAUUUUGUCAGUUGUUCUUUAGGGUAUUGUCAACAUGAAGGAUGGUUCGCAUACAAUGGUUCCCCGGGGGGCGUACUCCCUUAUAUGGCCAAUACGGGGAUGUGCCACUGGACAGAGCAUUGUCAGAGUACAGAAUCUAGACACACAAGACACAAACGAGUCAUUAUUAAAAAGAAUUUAAUUUCCACAAAUCGUAACAUCCAUCUUUACGUCAUUUGAAUAAGGACACCAGGAAAGUUCAAGCUUUCCUUUUUAGAUCUUAUCACAGGUCGACACAACACCGUCCUUGUCUAACGCGCAAUCUUAAAAGAAGUAAUAGCUGUUUCCUUACUUUGGAAAACUUGAUCAGACGAGGCCAGGAAAAAUUCAAAAUGUUAACUGCAAAUAAACAAAAACGUCAUCACUGGCAAAUGGUCGAACCACAACAAAAACAUAAACACAAAAUCCAAUUAUGUAUGUACCUGUGUUUUUAUAAAACUCACUUGGGGUCAUACACUGAGCUGGCAGGCCAUUUGGUCCAUUAUUCUGUCACGAUUUGGUCCCAUAUAGGAACAAAGGAAGUACUCAUUCCAUCUUAAAACAAUUUUUUUCUAUAGAGCCCUCUAAUAAAGCAAAUACCGUGUGCGUACAACUCGCAAGACCUUGCAAUUCUUCCGAGUAUGUUCAGGAUUCAAACUUUUUUUCCACAAAAUGGAAAGGAUAAUAAUUCAUAUUUUGGCAUUAUUUUAAUGUUGACGGAGUAAGUUGAAUCACUCUCAACAAAUUAUGACAAAGUGCGAUGGAAUUAUUACAAAUUGCGACAGCUUUUUUAUUACAAAGUGCGACACGGUUUAUUACAAUUGCGACAGGUAUUACGAAGUGCGAUGGAUUUAUUACAAAUUGCAAUAGGUGUUGCAAAGUGGGAUGAUUAUUACAAAUUGCGACAGUACAGUAUUUCAUUCGAAUUUCAGACACCGAAUCGAAGCCAUUAAAGUGGUUGAGUCUAAAGCGAAGCCGAAUUGUUUUAGUACAUCGUUUUCGAGGUAAUUGAUCUUCGAAAAAGUUUCAUAUCAAGUUUCUCACUGAAUAUUGAUUACUCCUUGUUACAGCAAAAGGCCCUAUAUAACUUAAGAUUCAUGUCCAUAGCUUCUUACCGGCAGAUACUGAUUUCGGGUUUUAGUCGUAAUUGUUGAGUAUGAGUGCCAACAAGAUUUUGUCGUGAGAUUUACAACUAAAAUGAAAAUGUAACACCUAUCACAAACUAGAAUUUGGAAGAUCAUAAUUUUCAAGCUGUAUUUGAAUUUGCUUUUUUUUAGGAAAUUGUUUGAACAAAAUUAUUCUUUAUUUAAAUGUCAUAUGUACCAUUCUUCUCGACCAGGAAACGGAGACAUGCUGUUUUGGAUUUUUUUGACUGUAAUACAUCUAAUACUACCACAGAAAAUCAGACCGAGCGCGGAUCCAGUUAUUCCAGGUAACGAUUUCCUUCUUCGAAAAGGUUCGCCGCAAAUGUCAAUGUCUCCAAUCUAGACCCUAAUCUCGUACCCAGAUCUCACUCUGUUUUCCCUUGGCCGUGGGAGAUCUGGGUACGAGAUUAUCUAGACCCUUAAAUUAAGUAUUGCUGCAUCAAGGCGGGUUUACGGCAACCGGGGCACUUGGAAGAAGAUCAUCCAAUCACAACGUUUUUUGAAAACAACAGAUUCUAAAGUUUUUUUCUUGCGAGCGGACCAACAACAUUCGUAAAUUUGAGGGCUGUUUCCUGAGAUGACAGGUAAUUUCAAAAGGUUUUAAGGUUUUCAACGGUUGCAUAGCUGAAGCUUGUCCUUUUUGCAAAAAAAAAAACCUUAUGGUUGGAUAAUCUUCUUUCAAGUGCCCCAGUUCUUUUCUGUCCUUUCGUUGAACCAGUUAAAAGUAGGGUUAGUUUUAGUGUUUUUACCGAGCAUACAACACGAAGAGCUAAUGAAAUGGUAUCAGAGUGGGGUAACAAGAGCCAGAAUUCGAGUAAUCGAGGUAAAUUUCAGUGAAAUUUUGAUCAAGGGAAAGAACAUUUAGUUCGAGUUAGCGGGGAAUUCGAGUUAAUCGAGUUCGUGUCAACCGAGUAAAAUGGGGUGAAAUACAAGGAAAUAGGACUUAGUUGGAAUAGCGGGGAGAUCGACUUAUGUAGUUCUAUCAAAAGAUCUGUUCUAUCUUUUAACAAUAGAAUGUGUAGAAUUCGAUGGCUCCUUUGAUGGUGACUGGGUAUACUGCAAUGGAUUCAGUCCAGCCAGCCGAGUAUGUACUAACGCCAAAGAAUGCUGUAAACAUACUCCAAUGCCUCACAGCUGUUUCAACAUAUCUAAACUUAAAGGUAAGUACAUAAUUCGGAGAUCCAUUAAGUGUUUUACAACGUUUAUCAAAAUGUACGUUGGUUCGAAAAUCCAGACGUUUUGAUCAAGGUGCUUCGUCUUCCCCAGUUGUUUAAAGCAACUGGAUUUUCGUACCUUUUCAACGCACACUUUGAUAAACUUUGUAAAAAUCAAUCGAUCUUCUGCGUUGCACAGUAUCUUCCAAUUCUCUAUAACACUUCUCGAGCCAUUAAGUGGUUUGCACGUGAGGCUUGGUUUGGCAUUAUUUCAGUUGAUACCUCAUUAUAUUUUAGCGUUCCAGACUUGCAAGGCACCUCAGUAAGCGGAAAGGAGAAAGAAGCGGCAGACUGAGGAGACAAAAGAAGAGAAAGAGAUUCGCUGCUCUCCCUGACUCCCUUUCUAUUUUUUUUCGGUUUUUUUUUGCUCUGUACCCCUCACUCUUAACGCCUGGAACAGACAAAAUACGGAGAGGGAGGAGGUGGGGGGGGGGGACCCAUAUAAAAGGGGCUAAGAUGCUGAUGGCAAAACUGAACUCUCAAAUUAAGACCCUUCUGGGGGUAGGGUCCCAUUCAUUAACACUGUGGCUGCACUGUUUGACGGCGUUUAGUUUUUACCAGCGGCGGGACAGAGCAGUGUUGUUCCUCUGUCACAUAUAAUGCAUAUAUACGCGUUAAUCUCAAUUUUCCUCGCAUAGGAAUGCAGAUUUGUGGAUCUCUAGCUCUUUUGUGACAUCCACAUGUAUUUUUUCCUUACUGAUUGUUUAGCUCUUGAAAAGUUGAAACAACCCAGCCCAAAAUCCAGAUCAUUUCAAAGAACUGCCUCAUCUUGCUCUCGGAAUGAUUUUCGGAACUUGCGAGACAAUAUUACAGACAAGGCUUUAGACAGUCAAGUUAUUAUUUGGCACAAGGUCAUCACCGCUUUACAAUGCAGCGACUACUGUUUGCGAGAGCCUGGCUGCUACGGCUUUAACCUAGAGACUAUGAAAGAGAACAAAAUUUGUGAACUGUUGGGGUUUGGUAGCAACAUUGUUGACAGACCAGGAUUUAGCUACUGGAUCUUCGAUAGAGUGUCGUAUGAAAAG